AUGCUGUACUACGCCCUCAUCAACAUGAUAAUACGUUUUGUGCUCAGACAUGGAAUAUCAGGUUGCCAUUCGCGCCUCUUUUCUGGCUUUACCAUGGCGGCGAGCGUUCUAGUCAUUUGUUUUGCGCCCGUACCUUGGCAGCAGUUCGGCGUAUAUGGCUGCUUCAUGUCCUUCUUCCAUUACUCUGAGUUUCUGGUUAUUGCAUUUGCAAAUCCACGCACACUCUCACUGGACUCCUUCAUGCUGAAUCAUUCGGUGCACUAUGGCCUGGCGGCAGCAGCAGCCAGUUGGAUAGAGUUUGUCCUAGAGCUAUAUUUUUUGCCCGAAUUCAAGCGUUGGGCCUAUUUGUGGCUGCUAGGCGUGACAUUAUGCGCCUUCGGCGAAAUUGUGCGAAAGGUUGCCAUCAUCACUGCAGGGCGCAGCUUACGCAUUUAGUAAAUAUAUAUAUCUGAAUUGGUGCAGGACGAAAAGCACACGGAUCACAAGCUAAUAACCCAUGGAUUAUACGCCUACAGUCGCCAUCCGUCGUAUGUGGGCUGGUUCUAUUGGUCCAUUGGCACCCAAGUAAUACUGAUGAAUCCGCUGUGUAUUUGCAUUUAUGCUCUAGUCAGCUGGCUAUUCUUUCACGAUCGCAUUUACGUUGAGGAAUACUCGCUGCUUUAUUUCUUUCAAUCGGACUAUGCGCGCUAUCAGAAGCGAGUGCCAACGGGCCUGCCCUUUAUCAAAGGCUAUCUGAUUGAAUAGCAGCCAUAUGGGGAUCAAGUAUGUCAGCCACACAAAUGCAAAUGUAA